AUGUACACAGGGUAUGAGUAUGACCCCAUGCAUGGUUACUGUUGUAAUCAGGGCCGGCUCCAGGUUGCUGUUUCAUCCUUGUCGGCCGUUAUCAAGUAUUUAGAGCUUUUGUCGGAUGAAUCUAACUUUGGACAAUUUGAAUUGACUAGCUUUGACCUCAGUCAAUAUAUGAUACUGGAUAAUGCAGCUGUUCGAGCCCUUAACCUUUUCCAGAGUUCUGUUGAAAAUGCCAACAGUACACAGUCAUUGGUUGGGUUAUUAAAUAAGUGCAAAACUCCUCAAGGACAAAGACUGGUUAAUCAGUGGAUCAAACAGCCACUUACGGACAAGAACAGAAUAGAAGAAAGGUUAAAUUUGGUUGAGGCCUUUGUGGUAGACACAGAACUACGACAGUGCCUUCAAGAAGAGCUUCUACGUCGUUUUCCAGAUCUCAACCGGCUAGCCAAGAAAUUUCAAAGACAAGUAGCAACCCUGCAGGACUGUUACCGAAUGUAUCAAGCUAUUAACCAACUGCCUAAUGUUGUACAGGCACUGGAAAAACAUGAAGGAGCACACCAGAUGUUGUUACUGGCAGUAUUUGUAAUGCCUCUUAAUGAUCUCAACUCUGACUUCUCCAAGUUUCAGGAAAUGAUAGAAACAACUUUAGACAUGAACAAGGUGGAAAAUCAUGAAUUCCUUGUGAAGGCUUCUUUUGAUCCUAAUCUGACCGAGUUGAGAGAGAAGAUGAACAAACUAGAGGAGAGCAUGCAGUCUCUUCUAAAGACUGCAGCCAGAGAACUAGGCUUGGAAGCUGGCAAGAACAUCAAAUUGGACUCCAAUUCACAGUUAGGACAUUACUUCCGAAUUACCUGCCGGGAAGAAAAAGUCCUUCGGAACAAUGCAAAAUAUAAGAUCUUAGAUACCCAGAAGAAUGGUGUGAAAUUCACAAACAGUAAAUUGAGCUCCUUCAAUGAAGACUACAUAAAAAGCAGAGAAGAGUAUGAAGAGGCUCAGGAAGCCAUUGUUAAAGAAAUCAUUAAUAUUGCUUCAGGUAAAUAA